GCUCUUUUUUCUACGGUGGGCUGCUAGUCCGCCGGAACCGAGUUGUGGCGGUGCAGGUUUCUGCUCGGAAGAGGCAAGCAAGGCGCCUGCGGACCAGCAGCAUGGCGUGGUCGGGGAAUAAGGCAGCUGUUGUGCUAUGUAUGGAUGUGGGCUUUGCCAUGAGGAACUCCUUUCCCGAUGAAGAAUCCCCCUUUGAACAAGCGAAGAAGAUAGUGACCAUGUUUGUCCAGCGACAGGUGUUUGCUGAGAGCAAAGAUGAGAUUGCAUUAGUCCUGUUUGGUACAGAUGGCACUAAGAAUGCCCUUGCUGCUGGGGAUCAGUAUCAGAACAUCACAGUGCACAGACACCUGAUGCUGCCAGAUUUUGAUUUGCUGGAGGACAUUGAAAGCAAAAUCCAACCAGGUUCUCAACAAGCUGAUUUCCUGGAUGCACUGAUUGUGUGCAUGGAUGUGAUUCAACGUGAAACUGUAGGAAAGAAAUUUGAGAAGAGGCAUAUUGAAGUGUUCACUGACCUCAGCAGCCCAUUCAGCAAAGAUCAGCUGGAUAUCAUAAUUCAUAACUUGAGGAAAUCUGGCAUCUCCCUGCAAUUCUUCUUGCCUUUCCCAAUUGCCAAGGAAGAUGGAACUGGGGACAGAGGAGAAGGUAACUUGCCCUUGGACCACCAUGGACCCUCCUUGCCUCAAAAAGGAAUUACUGAGCAGCAAAAAGAAGGUAUUCAGAUGGUGAAAAAGGUGAUGAUGUCUUUAGAAGGUGAAGAUGGGCUGGAUGAAAUUUAUUCCUUCAGUGAAAGUCUGAGGCAGCUAUGUGUCUUCAAGAAAAUUGCGAGGUAUUCCGUGCCUUGGCCUUGCCGGCUGACCAUAGGAUCCAAUUUGUCGAUAAGGAUAGUGGCCUAUAAAUCGAUGCUACAGGAGAAAGUUAAAAAGACUUGGACAGUUGUGGAUGCGAGAACCUUAAAAAAAGAAGAUAUACAAAAAGAAACAGUUUAUUGCUUAAAUGAUGAUGAUGAAACUGAAGUUCCUAAAGAGGAUACUAUUCAAGGGUUCCGCUAUGGAAGUGAUAUAGUUCCUUUCUCUAAAGUGGAUGAGGAACAAAUGAAAUAUAAAUCGGAGGGGAAGUGCUUCUCUGUUUUGGGAUUUUGUAGAUCUUUUCAGGUCCAGAGAAAAUUCUUUAUGGGAAAUCAAGUUCUAAAGGUCUUUGCAGCAAAAAAUGAUGAGGCAGCAGCAGUUGCACUUUCCUCCCUGAUUCACGCCUUGGAUGAAUUAGACAUGGUGGCCAUCGUUCGAUAUGCUUACGACAAAAGAGCGAAUCCUCAAGUUGGCGUGGCUUUUCCUUAUAUCAAGGAGGCCUAUGAGUGUUUAAUGUAUGUGCAGCUGCCUUUCAUGGAAGACUUGCGGCAAUACAUGUUUUCAUCCUUGAAAAAUAAUAAGAAAUACACUCCUACGGAGGCACAAUUGAGUGCUGUUGAUGCUUUGAUUGACUCCAUGAGCUUGGUAAAGAAAGAUGAGGAGAAAGACACCAUUGAAGACUUGUUUCCAACCACCAAAAUCCCAAAUCCUCAAUUUCAGAGAUUAUUUCAGUGUCUGCUGCACAGAGCUUUACAUCCGCAGGAGCCUCUGCCCCCGGUUCAGCAGCACAUUUUGAAUAUGCUGGACCCCCCCACCGAGGUGACAGCAAAAUGUCAGAUUCCUCUCUCUAAAAUAAAGACCCUUUUCCCUCUGACUGAAGCCAUCAAGAAAAAGGAUCAAGUAACUGCUCAGGAUAUUUUCCAAGACAACAUUGAUAGUGCUGCCAUGAGUCACCAGCUCAUAAAUCGCAUUGAACAGUUUUUGGAUACUAAUGAAAUACCAUAUUUUAUGAAGAGCAUGGACUGCAUCAAAGCCUUCCGUGAAGAAGCCAUUCAGUUUUCAGAAGAGCAGCGCUUCAACAGCUUCCUGAAAGCCCUUCAGGAGAAAGUAGAAAUUAAACAAUUAAAUCAUUUCUGGGAAAUUGUCAUUCAGGAUGGAAUUACUCUCAUCACCAAAGAUGAAGCCCCUGGAAGCUCUGUCACGGCUGAGGAGGCCAAAAAGUUUCUGGCUUCCAAAGAAAAACCAAAUGAAAAUGCAGCAGCCGUAUUUGAAGAAGGUGGUGACGUGGACGAUUUACUGGACAUGAUAUAGGUCGUGGAUGUGGGGAAUCUGAGAGAGCUGGUCUCGCCAUGGUGCUGGGAGUUCUGACGGAAUAAGCUGGAGGAGGCCAUUCAGAAGCUCUGGAGACAGUCCCAGCAGGUUACUCGGAAGUACAUCACCUAAUUCUCUGGGAAUGAGUACACACAUACAUAUUACAAGGGAUAAUUUAGACCCCAUACAAGUUUAUAAAGAGUCAUUGUUAUUUUCUG